GGAAAAGAUCAACUAACGUGCAGCGAUCAAAUCGAUGAAACCUCUUGCUAGCGUUGGAGAUGCGGUGGAUCGUGUCGGCUUUGAUUGUAACCUUGCCGCCGCCGCCGACGCCCACGCCUACAUGCGUUGGUGGCGGCUGGUGGACCGGCUUGUCUCUCGCUCUCGCUCUCACUCCUCGUUUUCUUGUGUGUAUUAAUAGCGAAAAGUUGGAGGACCGGCACAAGCAUCAGAAACCUAUUAAACAUGCUCAUCGCCAGAGGCUGUCGCAGUAAACCGAUCGAUGGAGGUGGAGGUAGUUCCGCUCAUCCGCGGUAGCUUCGAUCACUCUCCGCCCGCAUUCCCGCUCUCCAUGGACCUCGAUCCUCCCCAAUCCAGCCCGGAUUACGCCCCGGCGCAGUUCCGCCCCGCGGCGCCUCCGUCCUCGGAAGAAACUCGUGAGGGCCUCCGGAUGGAAACGGGCGAUGAUGGUUUGCUCUUCCCGGAGGACGUCCUCUCUCCGAACCCGCCGGAGUCGACGGCGGCGACGAGGCUUCAGAAGGUGUACAGGAGCUACCGCACCCGCCGCAGGUUAGCGGACUCCGCCGUCGUGGCCGAGGAGCUCUGGUGGCAGGCGAUAGACUUCGCUCGUCUCAACCGCAGCACGGUGUCGUUCUUCGAUCACAUGAAACCCGAGACGGCGAUCUCGCGGUGGAAUCGGAUUAGCUUGAAUGCUUCCAAGGUUGGUCGAGGAUUAUCCAAGAACGCCAAAGCUCUGAAACUGGCUUUUCAGCACUGGAUUGAAGCCAUUGAUCCAAGACAUCGAUAUGGGCAUAACUUGCACUUUUACUAUGAAGAAUGGUGUAAAAGUGAAGCUGGCGAGCCCUUCUUCUACUGGUUGGACAUUGGUGAUGGCAGAGAUUUGGACCUUAUAGAUCGUCCAAGAUCAUUACUUCGGAAACAAUGUGUCAAGUAUCUUGGUCCUCAAGAACGAGAGCAAUAUGAAUAUAUCCCACUGGAUGGUAAAAUUGUCCACAAACUUUCUGGAGUGCUUCUUGAUACCACCUCAGGAACCAAAGAAACAAAAUGGAUUUUUGUCAUGAGCACAUCCCGGAGACUGUAUGCUGGCCAGAAAAAGAAAGGAAUCUUUCACCAUUCCAGCUUUCUGGCCGGAGGAGCCACUAUAGCAGCUGGAAGAUUCACUGCAGAAAAUGGGAUACUGAAGUGUAUUUCAGCAUACAGUGGGCAUUACCGACCAACUCAGGAGAAUUUCAACAGCUUCUUAAGCUUUCUCAGAGAAAAAGGGGUUAAUCUGAAUGAAACUAAGAUAUCCUCGUCAUCAAAUGAUGAUUACUAUGUUGAAAAGAGACGGUCUCAGCUCGAAGAGAUGAUUGAAGCUAUGAAAGUUUCCAAAACACCAAAACUAGUUCUACCUACCGAAGUAAAGAAGAAUACAAAUGCAGAGGCAUCAGUGACUUCACAAGCUUCUAGCGGUGCUCAAACCUUAUGCGGUGGCCUUCAGAGUCCAAAAGCCGAUGUGCCGAAGAAGGUGAUAUUGGAGAGGCUCAAUUCGAAGAGGAAAGCAAGUUCUUACCAGUUGGGUCAUCAGCUUUCUUCAAAAUGGUGCAGCGGCGCUGGUCCAAGAAUUGGAUGCGUUGCAGAUUAUCCAUUUGAAGUCAGAGUACAAGCUCUGGAGUUUGUAAACCUUUCACCCAGGAUGACCUCCCCCCAUCAAAAUCCUAGCAGCUCCCUCAAGCAUUAGUCAUUUUAGCCAGUUUAUGUAUUGUAUGACAUCAAUCCUUGUAUUGUUAUGCGAUAGAAAGCCUUGGAGUCACAGUACAGAUAACCAACAAUACCUUUCAGCUCAUGCUGAGUCGAUGAGAUAAGAUGUUCUUAUUCUUUGUAACAAUGCCUGUGUUGCAAUGA